AGGAAUUAUUUAAGCUUAGUACCAAUGUGGACACAAGAACAAAUGGGUAUAAGCAGGCUAUCAGGAAGUUUAGACUUGAAAUUAGAUGAAGGUUUCUAACCAUCAGAGGAGUGAAGUUCUGGAACAGCCUUCCAAGGGGAGUAGUGAGGGCAAAAGACAUCGAGCCUAAUGUCUUUAGGAUAGCCUUUUUUUGGCAAUUGUAAUGGUACCAAUUUUGACCACCAAAUUACUGUAAGUCUUCCCCCACAAUCUGUUUGUCAGGCCAUGAUAACAUUAAUUCAUGCUGGACACUGCAGACCAAAAGUUGGCUUUGUGAUUUGAGCAUCUACCAGUUACUUCUGUUGCAGUGACCCAGAGUUGCUCAUAGCUUUAUUUUAGAGUUUUUUAUUAAUUAAAAAAAUUUUUUGUCUCUUCUUUCAUUUCAGGGAACAGUUAUUCUCUCCUACCCUUUAACUAAACUUGUAAAUGGAACAGAAUUUUUCAAGAUUGUACUUCAAGAAUCAGAGAAUUCAUGUUCAAAGACCAGCACCAUCAAUGUUUUAUUCUUUGGAAGGUUGGCAGGCGACUGUGGAAGAGUUGUACGUCAAGGGACUGGGAUCCAGAUACACUAUGCUGUGUUUACCAACUGCUUAUCACCAGGCAAGCCCCUCUCAGUCUGGAUGCCACUUCCAUCCUCCUUCCAGGAACUGUGACCAUGAGAUUGACCAACAGCCUUCUUAAAAAGGACAUUAUGGUUGUAGCUGGAUUUAAUGUGGCUAAGUCACCUUCUGCAAAUGAAGAUGACCGACACUGCUGUCAUCUGGAAGUAUCUGAAGAUGCAGGAUCAGCAGUUUAUAUUUAUGCUAAGCCAAGUAUAGUCACUGCUUCAGAAACAGCAUCCAUGCCUGUUGCACCAAAAUACACAUAUACUCCUCUGAAUCAUCUUAAAGGCGGAACUAUAGUCAACUUGUAUGGUGCUGUGAAAUUCUUCAAGCCCCCAUAUAUAAGCAAAGGAACAGAUUAUUGUUCAGUUGUAACAAUUGUGGACCAAUCAAAUGUGAAAUUAACAUGCACACUUUUUAAUGGAAAUCUAGAUGCCCUUCCAAAAAUCUACAAAAUUGGAGAUAUUGUUCGAUUUCAUAGAAUAAAGAUCAGGGAAUACAAUAAACAGAUGCAGGGGAUUACUGGCAUUGGCUUUGCAUCCUUGACAUUUGAUGGAACCGUAGGAGCACCGAUAGUGCCUCGAACCUCUAGUAAAUCAUACUCCUUCACAGAAGAAGAACAGAAAACAAUAGAAGAACUACGUACGUGGGCAGCUAGUAAUCUUUCAGUCUGUGGGCCAACAGCAAAAUUGUCUGGUGUCCAGCCAAUGCUGUUUUUUGACCUUACUUGCCAACUUGUAGGGAAAGCAGAAGUGGAUGGAUCUUCCUUUCUUCUCAAGGUAUGGGAUGGUACAAAAUGUCCCUACCCAUCUUGGAAGGUGCUUGUGGAAGAAAGUGACCUUGAAGGAGAUAAAGUUCUCAUCCGUCGGCUGAGAAAUCUGAUUGUAGACAUUCUAGUUUACGAUAACCAUGUGAAACUGGCAAAAUCACUGAAGGUUGGAAGCUUUCUGAGAAUUUACAGUCUGCAUACAAAACAAGCCAGUGCUGAGAACCAGCCUAAUGUUUCCUAUGUAGAAUUUCAUCUUCAUGGUGGCACCUGUUACGGUCGAGGAAUUAGGGUCUUGCCAGAAAAUAAUCCAGAUGUCAAAGAACUAAAAGCAUUCAUGGAUUCUGUGAAUCUCACAGAGUUUCAAAAUGUGGAGAGCAUGUCUUCAAUGGAAUUGGAUGGCAUUUUUGGCAAUCUAUCAUACCAGUCAUAUUCACAGAGAUGCCAGCAGUUAUCUGUCACAGUAUUAACAGAUCAUCAGCAUUUGGAUGACACAGCACUGAAUACUAUCUUAAACAGCUCAGUUCCUCAACAAUAUCGCAUUAGAGCAAAACUCAGAACUUUUAAACCCGAGAAGCUCUGUCAGUCUGUUAAACUUUAUUGUUCAAAAUGCAACUCACUGCAAGAAGUUCCAAAUGACGAUGAUUUCGACUUAAUAUUAAGAGACUGUGCAGCUGCAGCUCCAAAUCCAGAAGUACAUAAUUCAUUGUGGUAUGAUUCUGCAGUGUGGGAUACAGAAAAUCAGGGGCAAAGAAAAAUAGCUGUUCAUUUUGUAAAACACGAUGAGCUGCUUCAAGAGCCAGAAGAUACUUUGAUUAUGGUACAAGGGGGGACACUAAAAGAAAUCAGAAAACUUUCAAGAAGAUUUAAAUGUAUUAUACCUGUGAGAUCAACGAAAGAAAAUCUUGAGUUACUAGACCUUUCAGCUCCCUUCCUUUUGCAAGGGAAAAUAUGGCAUUAUGGGUGCAAACAGUGUUCGAAUCAGAAGACUAUCCAGAAUCUCAGUUCCCUUGCAGAAGAAGAACCAUCGUGGGAGCCAACUGAAAUAGCACAAGUUUUAGGUAUUGAGCCACUCCAGUAUGUUUUUGUUAUGAAGUUUACACUUGAUGAUGGCACAGGAGCAUUGGAUGCAUACCUCUUUGACUAUGAAAAGUUUUUCCAGAUUCCUGCCUCCGAAGUCCUUACCAGUAGUCUUCUUCAGGAGAAGAUGGAAAUGAUCAUGAAUAUACUUUGUCCUCCAGGAACAAAACUAGAUGACUUGCCAUGGUUGGAAUGCUUCAUCAAGUCUUAUAAUGUCAAAGAUGGAAUGGAACAGCAAGUUUGCUAUCAAAUUUAUGACACUAUGGUUGCUGAAGAUGUUAUCUAGUGAUAUGUAUUGCAAUUUAAGAGACAUGCAAUUUAUCAACAUAAUCAAUUACAAAAAAGUUUUGAAGCUAUAAACACCAUACAAGGUUUUGUAUAACAUUUAGUGUAUCAUGUUCUGUGUUGAGAGAUAUUAAUCAGGAAAAUAAAUGCCUUUUUCUGCA